AUGGAAAAGUUGGUACUUGCGCUGCUACACGCCUCUAGAAGGUUGCGCAGAUACUUUACAGGGCUCGUGAUCACAGUACUCACCAACUUUCACAUCGGCACUAUCCUACAAAAGCCAGAAACGUCAGGGCGCCUAGCAAAGUGGGUAAUCGAGUUGGGGGGCCACAAUAUUCUAUACAGGUCGCGCCUAACUAUCAAGGCUCAAGUCCUAGCGGACUUCAUCACAGAAGUCCCAGUGGAUAAAAUCAAAGAUUGCGAAGUGGUGGAUACUCCCAUUAAGGAUACACCAGACGGGUUGUGGCUGCUAUACACUGAUGGGGCCUCAAACGAAGAUGGCGCAGGAGCCGGGUUGCGCCUUGUUAGCCCCGAGAAACAUGAAUUUACAUACGCCAUCAAGUUGGAUUUCAAGAAUACCAACAAUGAGGCGGAAUAUGAAGCAUUCUUGGCAGGCCUGCGCCUCGCCAUCAAGAUGGGAGCCCAAAACUUACAAGCUCAUGUUGACUCAUUGCUAAUAUCAACUCAAGUCAAUGGAUUGUAUGAUGCGAAAGGUGAAGUUAUGGCUUUGUAUUUGGACCAGGCGAAAGAAUUACUCCAACAAUUCAAGCCAUACAAGGUAGUUCACAUCAAUCGCUCAGAAAACAAACCAGCAGACGCCUUGAGCAAGCUCGUUUCAACCUCUUUUCAACAUCUCGCCAAAGAUGUAAGGAUUGAAGUACUCAAAAACCCGUCAGUUCUGCUGCGUCAAGUAAAUGUGAUCGAGAUAGGGCAGCCAUCUUGGAUGACCCCUAUCAUUCAGUACUUGCAAGAAGGACUACUCCCUGAUAACAAAGCAGAGGCAAGGAAGAUACAGAACAAGGCCCUGCAUUAUGAGAUGAAUGGAGGUAUCUUGUACCAAAGAUCCUUCUUGGGGCCACUUCUGCGCUGUGUUGACCCCCAAGAUGCAAAUUACUUGAUCAAGGAGAUUCACGAAGGAAUCUGCGGCAUCCAUGCAGGCCCACGCAUGGUCGUCGCGAAAAUAAUGAACGCUGGUUACUAUUGGCCAGGGAUGCACGUUGACGUCCUAAAGGAAUUACGCAAAUGCGACUCCUGUCAAAGGCACGCUCCUAAGACCCUACGCCCAAAGAAUGACCUCAUUCCUGUGUCCACUGCAUGGCCUUUCCAGCAGUGGGGAAUCGAUAUGGUGGGACCCUUCCCGGACGUCCUGGCGCUGUGA